AUGGUGGUACGAGGAGUAAAGGCUGUGGCUCAGGCCAGGAACGGUGUCGGGGCAUUCAUUCUGCAAUGCAAGCGAUUGGAUUUUACAUAUUGCGACUGGGCAGGCAGCUCCAAAGGCAUGCUCUCCUUUCUUAAAGAAGAACUCCCAGCCUUCGCCCGCGAAAACCCCCAGAUCGAAAUCCGCGUUUCCCCGCGACCAGCCAAACACCCCUUCGUCAGAGGCCACUACAUAAACGGCCGUGAAAAGGCAAUAAGCGUUCGCAAUUUCAAGCCCGACGAAAUCAUGGAAAAGGUCAACUUGCUCAAACAGGCCAGUGGUGAAAAGUUGAAGAGACAGAAGAAACCGGUCACGAGUCUCAAUGAGAGUGUCAGAGGUAUUUGGUCACCGUAUCACGGUGAUCUUAAGAUGGUUUGA